GGGUAGCUGGGAGUGCGCUGCUCCUCUAGCAGCGUGUUCGCUCAGCCUGCAGCUGGACGGAGCGGAGUGAACAGAGGAGGAGACCAUCGCUACUAAAACCAUCAGGUCUCAUUGUUGUUUUGCUCUUAGACACAACAGCAGAGGAGCAUCCUCAGAAGAUAGUACAUGUUGGUGUUUGGACAUGCGGGAGCGGAGGAGUGAUGCUGCUGAGUUUAGUCAUUAGGUUCCUCCUCCCCGGGCGAUUGCUGCUGCUUUUGCUUCUGACCUCACAUCUGGUUUAGGUUUCUGGGAGCAACAUCGAAGUUUUUUUAAGGGAUAAAUCUACUUGCUUGAAAUAUUUCAAGUGAGUCUCUUUUAGUAGAUUUAUUUGCUUCUUCCUUUUUUUUCCUUUAAUUAAUUCUGCGUCCGCUCAAAUGACUGAAGAUUUGUUUUAAAUGAUAAGAAGAAUCUGAAGAUCCCAAGGAUCUGGAUAAGAAGAGUGUGGAGAUGAACUUUGGAAAUUUCCUGCUUGUGAUUAUUUCAAGCGCGGCUGUUACUUCAGGGUCCCGAACACGAUUUGAAGACAGUCCCCCUCGGAUUGUGGAGGACCCCUCAGAUUUGAUUGUCUCUAAGGGGGAGCCUGCCACCCUCAAUUGCAAGGCAGAGGGCCGACCCACUCCCACCAUAGAGUGGUACAAGGACGGGGAACGCGUGGAGACCGACAGGGAUGAUCCCCGCUCCCACCGAAUGCUCCUGCCCAGCGGCUCCCUCUUCUUCCUGCGAAUUGUACACGGACGCAGGAGCAAACCGGAUGAGGGCAUCUACACCUGUGUAGCCCGGAAUCACCUGGGAGAAGCCAUCAGUAGGAACGCAACGCUGGAAGUUGCAGUCCUGAGAGAUGAUUUCCGGCAGGCUCCGAGUGAUGUGGUGGUUGCUGCUGGAGAGCCGGCGGUGUUGGAGUGCAUACCUCCACGGGGGCAUCCUGAGCCCUCUGUCUUCUGGAAACGCAACAAUGCCAGAUUGAGCUCCAAAGAUGAGCGCAUCUUGAUGCGAGGGGGGAAGCUGAUGAUUUCCCCUACCAGGAAGAGUGAUGCUGGCAUGUAUGUUUGUGUGGGCACCAACAUGGUCGGAGAGAGGGACAGCGAUCCUGCUGAGCUGGUUGUUUACGAACGUCCUGUGUUGGUACGGAGGCCAGUAAACCAGGUGGUCAUGGAGGAAGAGACGGUGGACUUCCUGUGUGAAGUCCACGGGGACCCCGCUCCCACUGUGCGAUGGCGGCGAGAUGAAGGGGAACUUCCUCGCGGGAGAUUUGAAAUACGCAACGGCAACAAUCUCCGUUUGUUUCGCGUGAAAGAGCAAGAUGAAGGGAUGUACACCUGCACAUCUGAGAACAGCGUGGGAAAGACAGAGGCUUCAGCCAUGCUGCAGGUCCAUGUGCCUCCUCAGAUUACUGCAAAGCCCAGAGACCAGAUUGCUGCCCAAGGGAGGAGUGUAACCUUCCAGUGUGGCACCACAGGAAACCCUCCACCUGCCAUCUUCUGGCAGAAAGAGGGCAGCCAGAUGCUGCUGUUUCCUGGUCAGCCACCAUCACAAUCUGGUCGGUACUCGGUUUCCAUGAGCGGAGAGCUGAUCAUCACUGACAUCCACCCUGAAGACUCAGGCUUUUACGUCUGCCAGGCGAUCAGUGUGGCAGGAAGUGUGCUGACGAAGGCUCUGCUGGAGGUGGAAGGAGGACCUUCAGGGCGGAUCCCACCGAUCAUUCGGCAAGGCCCUGCCAACCAGACCUUAUCUCGCGGGGCAAUGGCACAGCUGCAUUGCCGUUUAGUUGGAGGCACCUCAGUCAAGAUCUCAUGGGAAAAAGAUGGAGAGAGGCUGCAGGGAAACAAACCUCGAGUGACCUUGAUGGAGAAUGGCACCUUGCAAAUUACAGAUCUAAAGGACACUGACUCAGGGAUGUACACAUGUGUUGCAUCCAGCCCCACGGGGGAAUCGAGCUGGAGCGGGAUGUUGACUGUCAGAGAGGAUGCAGCUUCUUCUGGAUCCAGAGCUUCUGAGUUCAUCCAGCUUCCAGGACCUCCACAAAAACCUGUGGUGACCGAAGUGACCAAAAACACGGUCACUCUAACAUGGCAGUCAAAUCCUCAUGAAGGUGGGGAUGCUGUUACCUCGUAUGUCAUCGAGGCCUUCAGCCAGUCCGUGGGCAGCACCUGGCAAACUGUUGCAGACCAUGUGAAGCAGGAGAGGCACACAGUGGUUGGACUUUUCCCCAAUACAGUUUAUCUCUUUAUAGUCCGAGCAGUCAACUCUUACGGCCUCAGUGACCCCAGUCCAAUAUCUGAGCCGGUCCGGACACAGGAUGGGAGUCCAACAGAGCAGGGUGUGGACCACAGACAGGUUCAGAGAGAGCUUGGGGAGGUUUCUGUAUACCUGCAGAAGCCUGUGGUUCUGUCUCCUACCAGCGCAAGGAUUUCUUGGACUGUGGCCCGUCAGUCCCGGUACAUCCAGGGUUACCGCAUAUUUUACCGGAUGAUUGGUGGCUCCUGGUUGGUCCGAGAUGUAGAAGCAACAUCUGACUACAGUGCAGUCUUAGCAGAUCUUCAAAGUAACAAGGAGUAUGAAGUCAAGAUACGCCCCUACUUCAAUGAGCUCCAGGGCCAUGACAGUCUCAUGGUUCUGAUGCACACCCCUGAGGAGGCUUUAAGUGGUCCACCAGAGGCUGUGUCAGUGGUGCAACUCACCAACAGCUCCAGUAUCAGUGUGUCCUGGGAGCCACCACCUCACAGUGUUCAGACUAGCAUCAUCUUGGAGUACAAAGUCUGGUGUUUGCCCAGCGAUGCGGUGAGUCAGAUAAACCGAACCGUGGAUGGGUCCGUUCUGUCCAUACUGCUGACGGGUCUGCUGCCUGACGUCCAGUACACGGUGGUGGUGGCUGCUGUCACCAGUCUGGGUGUGGGCGCUCUGAGUCCGCCUGUCAGCCUGUUUCUCAGCCAACCAGUGGAGGUGAAGAAAGACAGUGAUCUGAGCAUAGCAGAGCAGAUCGCCAGCUUCAUCCAGCUGCCAGCCUUCAUGGCAGGGCUGGGUGUAGCUGCCUGGCUGGUGUUCAUGGGCUUCAGCGGAUGGCUAUACUGCCGACACCACAGAAGGAAGCAGCUAGGACACUACACCACAUCCUUUGCAUACACACCAGCAGUUGGCUUUGCUCACAGUGAAGGAUCUGGAAUCAAUGGAGGGCCCAGCUUGUUGGGGCCAGGUAUGGGUAAUUACCCCUGGCUGGCAGACUCCUGGCCCACUCCUAACCUUACUCACAGCAAAGACUUUGUCAAUUGCUGCUCUGGAAAACUGGACUCAGAAAGAUAUUAUAACUCCGUCGGGAUCAUCAACUACCCCAGCCAGACAGAGAAGCGCAGCACUGAGUCCAACGACAGCCCCAUUUACAGCACCAUCAACACAGCAGUUGAGGACGACCUGCUGGCUUACUAUGACACCUACUCCAGCCUGUCAUAUAAACAGGGUCCAGACCCCUACAGCAGCAACCCAGUUCUGUCAAAGGCUGGAAAUAUGGGUCUGGAGCAGGACUUAGACCGGUGGACCAGUCAGUCCGGCCAGUCUGGGUCAGAAUAUGCCAAACUUCAGUAUGCUAAGAAAAGCAACGACAAACUGGCACUACAACCAUCUGCUGGAUCCUUGUCCAAGUCAGCUCCGCUCACCUGGGUGGAUGUUUUAUCACUGCCUCUUCCUCCAAACAAAGAAAGAAGUCGUGCAAAAUCAGACAAUGAAGAGGUGCAGCACAGCUCCGAGGAGGAGGAUGAUGACUGGUGUCCUCCACUUCCUGCCAGAACCUACCUGAUGGAUGCUUCCAGGGAGGAAGUAUCUAGCCUGCCCUGUAAAUCAGAAGAACUAAUAAUUUCCCCUCAGCACGAUGCACUGAAGUCCAGCGACAGUCCACGCCUUCAGCAUUUUGAUCUUUUGGUCCGCCACCACGAGUUCCAGUCCAACCCUAACCUAUUUACCAACACCAAGGCACUGGAAGGCAGUGAUGUAUACAACUCCAACCAGUGGGUGGAUAAAUUCAGGGGAGAAGGCCUCAGCAAAGGACAAUCUCCUGCUUUGGCUGCAGAUUCCAGCCCUGCAGCUCCUGCUCACAGAUCCAGGAGUAAGAAGAAAGUGCCAAAGGAUGGACAAAACCGGAGAGAGAAGCACGGAGGCACAGCAGACCUUCCCCCUCCGCCGACCCCUCCUGCCACAGACGACUCCCCGCAGCUCUUUGUGGACACUUUGAGUCGCAGACCAACAGAUAGAGGAACAAGAGAGGGAAAUGACUUACCUACUAUUCCAAAGAAAGGAGAAGAUUUCUCACCCCCAAGGGAAGGACUUGACAAGUGGUUAUCACAAGAUGAGAAUGUAACCCCAUGUGGAAAGCCAAACCUUCUGUCCAAGGUGCAGAUAUCGGGAUAUGGGUCCCUUGGGGGACACCUCUUUCCUCAGCCCUCCGCUGCUUCUCAGAAGAGAGAUGAGAAUCUCAUAUAGACAGCAGCCGAUUACAUGAUGUGAAAACCUCCUCUCAUGCUCCUCAACUUCCUGUCUUCGCUAACCAUCAAUCUGUUGCCAUGGCCUCCCAUGCAAAGCUGAAGACUAAAGGAACAGUGUCAAGGCUCGCAAUCUGCCUUUUCAAAUGUUAUAUGUGUUCUGUUUUUAUUUUAUUUUAUUAAUUUCUUUCUAGUGUGUGAUUUCUCUCACCCCCUCCUCUGUGUAUAAAGACACCCUCAGUGUUAUUUUUUUUAGAAAGAUUUGAUCAGAUAUAUUGCUAAAUUAAUAUGGGGGAAAGUAUGGUAUUUUCAGGUUAAAGGGAAUUCAAUGUAAGUAUUGCAAUGUUGUACAGCAGAUUAUUGAAUGUAUCCUUUGUUUACUUCUGAUCAUGAAGCUAUGAAGCUGCGUGUCUUUGAUGAGCGAUGGUGGAAGGGACAAGAAGCAAAAAUCUCAUGAUGUUGGUGUGGGUGUGUGUCAGUGUUUUUGUUUCACCUUCCUGUGAGGCUGUAUAACCGUGUUAGAUCACCAGUGUGUUAAUUUUUAAAUCU